CCCGGGGCGCGCCCCUUCGCUCUGGCGCGGGGCGGGCCCGUCCCCUCCCCCGCCGCUGCCGCCGCCGCCGCCGCGCUGGGAGCCCCCACUCCCCAGUCGCCGUCCUCGUCGCUCGCUCCGUGCCUCCCCGCGGGCCGCUCUCCCGUCCUGACGAUGGCGCGUGGCGGCCGCGACCGCCUCCUGGGGCUCGCCCUGGGGCUGCUGCUGGCGCUGGCGUUGGCGCCCGGGGCGCUGCGGGCCAAACCCACGGUGCGCAAGGAGCGCGUGGUGCGGCCCGACUCGGAGCUGGGCGAGCGGCCGGCCGAGGACAACCAGAGCUUCCAGUACGACCACGAGGCCUUCCUGGGCAAAGAGGACUCCAAGACCUUCGACCAGCUCACCUCGGAGGAGAGCAAGGAGAGGCUGGGGAAGAUUGUUGACCGAAUUGACAGUGAUGGGGAUGGCUUUGUUACUACUGAGGAGCUGAAAACUUGGAUCAAGCGAGUGCAGAGAAGAUACAUCUACGAUAAUGUCGCUAAAGUCUGGAAGGAUUAUGAUCGGGACAAAGAUGAUAAAAUUUCCUGGGAAGAAUACAAACAAGCCACCUAUGGUUACUACCUAGGAAACCCUGAAGAGUUUCAAGAUCCUUUAGAUCAUAACACCUUUAAAAAGAUGCUGCCACGUGAUGAGAGAAGGUUCAAGGCUGCAGACCUCGAUGGUGACCAGAUAGCCACUCGGGAGGAGUUCACCGCCUUUUUACACCCUGAGGAGUUUGAGCAUAUGAAGGAAAUUGUGGUUUUGGAAACUCUAGAGGACAUCGACAAGAAUGGGGAUGGGUUUCUGGAUCAGGACGAGUAUAUUGCGGAUAUGUUUUCCCACGAGGAGAACGGCCCUGAGCCUGACUGGGUUGUGUCAGAACGGGAGCAGUUUAAUGAGUUCCGGGAUCUGAACAAGGAUGGGAAGUUGGACAAAGAUGAGAUUCGCCACUGGAUCCUCCCUCAGGACUAUGACCAUGCUCAGGCCGAGGCCAGGCACCUGGUGUAUGAGUCAGACAAAAACAAGGAUGAAAAGCUAACUAAAGAGGAGAUAUUAGACAACUGGAACAUGUUUGUCGGAAGCCAAGCUACCAAUUAUGGGGAAGAUCUCACAAAAAAUCAUGAUGAGCUUUGAUACAUACAGCAGACUAUGGGAGGCUUUCUUUUCAUGUCUGGGAUGGUUGCUACAGUUGUCUCAUUUACAAAAAAAGCAAAUUUAUAACCUCAGAUUGGGGUUCAAAUUGUUUUUCACUCAGUAUUUACUGGAAAAUCAUUAUUGCUAUUCUUUCAGUGAGACUUCUCUCCAAACACAUUAAAACCUGCGUAAAUUGCUAUGGGGAUACUUGCUAAAACAUGAUUUUUUAGCUUUUUCCAUUAAACGUAGACUAAAGGGGAAGAAAAUUUGAAAGAGCCCCUAUAUUCAGAAGUUGGGUGGGUUGGGGGCAAUAUAUGAAGCGACUGCUAUGUUAUUUUAACCGCACGUUUUUUGCAUUUGCCACUGUUGAACGGCUGAUGAGAGAAAGUUCUGAUGAAACUACAGUGGUGUCCUCCUGUGUAGGCUUAUUUCAGAGCACGUCUAAUAUUCCAGAUUCUUUCUUCUUGACUUUGUACUCUGAGCUGUCACUGUAAAUGGUAUAUAAAACCUCCGUGCAUUUUUCUGCACGGACCUGCUAAUGUGCACAACAAAUCCCUAUCUUUGUGCUUUUUGUUUUUACAUUAAGAAGCAAUCAAGAAAGAUAAUGUGAAAAAGAAAGGAAUUUUAGAGGUAGGGAAAACAUGAAUGCCAGGCAUUCAAAGAGCUAUAGGAAAAUGAUAAACACUUUAUUUUACUUGAGAACAUUUUCUUGACAUGUAAAUGAGGUAGGUCUGAUCUUUGAAAAAGUGAAUAGAAAUACCAUCCAUUUCCUCGCUGAUCACCAGUAGGAAUGAGGCUGUGGGGUCCUGGGGACGCGCAGCGUGCGGAGCUCGAGCUCUGGAACCCGCGCCGUCUGGUCCCCGUGAAGCUGUGACCCUUGGAUCUGCCCCCCAGGACUAUACACCGUGGAAUGAGGACACGAUGAUGUUCCAGGCCAUUGGCUGAACUGGUAGAAACAACUUUUACAGGUUGACAUUUCACCUUGUAAGUAGCAAGUGAACAAAAUAAAGGAUCCCACUGAGGAUUUUCUACUGUG